UGCAGGACGCGUUGAGAUUGUCAUCUCUGGAGCUGAACUCUCGUCUCGGAGGAAAGGGUUAUUUUCAAUCCUUUAUCCUGGUGGUUCCUCAGAACUGGGAGUCUAUAAAAUGUGGAUUUACUCAAGAUGCUCUGACACCUACCACGCCCUACAAGAAUGCAGACGUGCUAAUCGACUCAGAUCAUCCUAUUUACGGCUCCGCCCCCUUUGUACAACACAGCAGUGGGUGUGGUGCUCAGGGCGACAUGAUAUAUCUCCCCUAUUCCUUCUUAUCCAACAUGGAGAAUGUUUCACAUACUUCUAAUGAGAUUGUCCGUAACUGGUUGGAGUACAGGUAUGGCGUGUUCAAAGAUGAAACCUAUCCUAGAGAUCAGCUCUAUCCCAACGUUUUUGUGAAUGAUGCUAAUGACUCUGAACACGUAAUGCCGACCAAGCAAUUAGUGCUUUGCGAGGGAAAAUCUUCUCAGCAAGUUAUAGAAUCCCAUCCUGACUUUAUCGGUAUCCGAACCGAUAACGAACCCAUGCGGGCCAUUGUUCCGGAGAUAAAGAUUGUUAAGGAACCAAGGAUGAAAUAUAUCCUGGCAAUAGAAACCACCGCAAGUAUGGAGGAGGGAGAGGAUUGGAAAUGGGUGAACAAGGCUGCCCAGAAACUGAUUAGAUAUGAUCUUCCGAUCAACUCAGAUCUAGCGGUUGUAACAUUCAACAACAUGACUAGGGUUGAGCACCCUUUGGUUCGGAUUGAGAAUGAGGAUACAAGAGCUAAGUUGGCGGAUACUAUCCCUGGCAAGUAUCACUUGGCUAAUCAUGAUACUAGGUGUGUUGCCUGUGUUCUGCAGACAGUUCCUAGUAUACUUGACGGAGACACAGUCGGAUCUCAUGUUAUACUGAUCACUAGAGCAGGUUCAGAUUCUCUCUCUCUCACCGAUGAGAAAAUAAUAACCGAGUAUGUGAAAAACCACGGGAUUAAAAUAUCAACAAUUAUGAUCCCUACCCAGAGCCAUUUAGCGUUCUAUGAUGAUAUUUCUCAUAUAUCUGGUGGUAGGAGUUUCUUGGUCAGAAGAUCCUUGUUUCCAAUGGAUACAUACGUUUCCAUCCUAGACUCUUUUCAAACUAUCCUGGGAGACGGGACAGGGUUCUCCGACCCGUCCAUGGUUACCAUACAUAAGAACGAACAUUACACAGAGGGAGACAGCAAUAUAACCACAGGAACCUUCUCUCUAGAUUCGUCUGUGGAUGAAACCGUCCUGGGAGUGUAUGUAGAAGAUACUGAGGAUCAUCUAAUAAAAUCUGUCACGUUGGAAGAUGAAGAGGGAACAGUUUAUGGCCCGUAUUCAAAAAUGUCAACAACAUUUGAUCUUAUCAACUUCAAGACCGUGAACGUUGUAGGAGACUCUCCCUUAUCAAAGCAUAAACCUGGUCGGUGGAGGUACACAAUACAGUGGUUCAACAAUCCGGAGCAAUCUAGAAAAAGCAUAGUUCGAGUAACCUCUCAGACCGGGAUACUGAAAGAGAACGAGUUAACACUGAAGACCUGGGUUCGGAGAAGACAGGCUUUCAACGGAUACAAUCCUGUCGAGGUUUUUGCUCAACUCAUGAAGGGAAGAAGUCCAGUUUCUGCCGCAAGGGUUUAUGCUUCUAUUGAUGUGGAGAAUGAGAACGGUUCUUUGAUCAAUCUCUCCAGGCUUAACUUGACAGACGAUGGACUGGGAGAUUCUGAUAUUCAACGUGGAGAUGGAAUUUACAGUGGAUUCUUACUCAACUAUCAGGGUUCAGGACGGUAUACUUUCACUAUCCAUGUUGAUAAUGAAGCUAGGGAAGCCUACACUAUAGACAGCAGUGGUGCUGGUGUACCCGGAGAAUGCUGCGGGAGUUUUGUCGACGUUCCGCAGUCGAGGAUGUUUCUAAUGGAUUCGUUCAGCAGAACAAUACCAGGCUCAGUCGUGCAUUUGUCAACCCUUCCCAAGGAAGAUAUUGCUCCGCCUUCCAAAAUAGGCGAUCUUAUAAUUGAACUGUCGUCAGACAACAAAACCCUCCUCGCUUCAUGGACCUCACCCGGAGGAGACUUUUUGUUCGGAGGUGUCUCAAGAUACAGAUUUGUGUACAGUGAAAACGUUUCAGAUCUUCUUGACACUAAGCUCCAUCCUGAUGUGUUGAUUGAGAUUGAAAAACGAACCGAGUUUGGCAAUUCUAUUUCCCAAUUGUUAGAUUUUCCUUUGUACAAUCAAGACUAUUUCAUCGGAGUUUAUGCAUAUGAUUUGGCUGGAAAUCGAGGAAGAAUGUCAAAUAUACAACAUGUGUAUGUUCCAGCUCCCCCUCCACCCUCCACCCCCCUCCCAACUCCUAUUCUUGGUUUACCACCCUCCUCCACCACUGACUGGGUGAUGAUUAUUGCAAUCUGCAGUGGUUUAGGAGCUCUGCUUAUUGUCUGUGUUCUCUCCAUCUCUUACUAUAUCUUUACAUCAAGGAAGGAAAGACCAGAUUCUCCUAGUCCUAGCAGUUGCACAACAAAGGAUGAUCUUCCAACCUCAGACCAUACAGACUCCAGCUCAUGCCAUUCUGACCGACAGGAGAGCACACAUUUAGACGUCAAGGACCUUGAGAGCCAGGUUACUGAUCUCCAUCAGAUCAUCGGAGAGCAGAGCAGGAUAACUCCGGUAUACUGGAGUGCGUCCCAGCUCCUCUCUAAGCUUGAAUCUCCAGACAGAAACCCUCGUAAAGAGUCUUUUCAGAACCAAUCCUAUGGGUACUAUGGGACCUCUCUGAGCAGAACUUACUCCGACGAGGUUUCCAGAAACGGAGUUGUGAAUAGAACAUUUGACCAUGAACCUGUAGUGAGAAAUUCAUCUUUAAACGGAACAAUAGAUCACGAAUCCUAUCCUCAGGAAUACUCCCAACUCCAAGAUCAGGUUCCAAGAACCCCGAGACUUGAACCAAGACCUUCGCGGUUUGAGCGAAAUAAUUUGUAUCGAAGCUCUAGAAUAAAUAGAACCUAUGACGAGGAUUCCUAUCAAGGUUUUGGUACGCCCCUUCCUCCGGGCAGAUCAGAGACACAGAGACACGCAGAGAUCCCGGAUGAGUUCUGCAUAACUGUCAGCAGUAUUAGUAAUAGUGACUCCGAGAGUUUAUCUGAUAAACUCCGUCCACCGCAUAUACUUCCUAAACCUAGAAAUAUAACUGAGGUUUAGGAUGGAGAAAGCUCCUGGAUUCUUCAAUAUGGUUUUUAGCUUUAAAAUAAUCUAGUCAGAAUUGAAAAGGCUGUGAAUUUAUAUAAUUAUGUACAAAGUAUUAAACUUAUGAAAAAUAAAUAAUUUUGAUCAA